CUAAUUCAUCGUUCAUCAUCUUCUUUUCAUACUACACCAAACGAUAACAUCUUAUCUUCGCUUUCUUACCUGGGUGUUUUGGAUACACCACCACUUGCGCCAGGUGGCCAGCCCUAUAGCGUCUCAAAUCCGCCAGUACGCUAUGGAAACAGACCAAAACACAGAUGAUCUCCAACGUAGAGUCCUACAAAGCACCCUCGACGAAAUAGCGACCGGGCAAGAAGACGCCACCGACUGCUGCGUCAUCUGCCUCGAAAGCAUUUCUGAAGCCUGUGAGGCUAUUCCUUGUCAACACAGAAACUUUGAUUAUCUCUGCCUUCUCAGCUGGCUUGAGCAAUCACCGAAGUGUCCGCUCUGCAAAGCUGUCAUCUCACAAGUUCGCCACGGUCUCGAUGAACCUAUCGCAAAGACAUACACCGUAGCUGAGCCUGCGUCAGAGCCCCGGGCACCACAAAUUGAACGUAGGAGACUUGCGUUCCCUCCUCAUUUCCGCCGGCGUCACUCGCAACUUCGUCCAUAUCCCCGUCAACCACGCUACGUAACCGCCAGCUCGAGUCCUUCAGAUGAGAUCGCGAAGCGGAGGGAUGUGUAUCGCCACAACAGAUACUCAAAACAUGUCGGGUCGAAUCGCUUGUCUCGAUACCGCGAACUGACUCCAGCGGCCUUUUGUUCAGAUAGCGACUUAGUCUCGCGCGCGCGAAUGUGGAUUCGUCGAGAGCUGCGAGUGUUUUCCUUCUUAAACCCCGAUGCCGACCAGACAGAGCCAAGACCCGAAGUGAAUUCACAGAGAGAUGCGGUUGACAGAAGGAGAGCCAAUAAUGCUGAGUUCCUCCUCGAAUACAUCAUUGCCAUUUUGAAAUCCGUGGAUAUCAUGGGCAGCGCUGGCCAAGCCGAGGAGAUGAUUUCGGAUUUUCUGGGCCGAGACAACACGCGCCUCUUCUUGCACGAGCUAAGAGCAUGGCUUAGAAGUCCAUAUACAAAGCUUGCGGACUGGGAUAGGGCUGUUCAAUACGACGUAUCUGCACCAAGCAGCCCUAGAGCUGAAUCUGGAGGGGUUGGCAGUUCAAGGCAAGACCAACGCCAGUCAAAGAACGUCGGCGCACGUAAUUGGGACACACCACGAAGACAGGGAGACUUUUAUCGUCCCGGGGGCCGAUCACAACGCCCCCGAGAAGUACAUAGACACGAACCAUAUGGAAGACCGCAUAGAGAUUAGUCAGGCAUGAUAAAGGGAGCUUGGAUAAGGCAAGAUAGAAUAUGAUACCCGGAGAGCAAUCUCCACUGAAUGAAUAACGAAUUGCAUUACCCCUAGA